AUGUUAAUGGAGGUUCACAACCCCCCUCCAACCCAUAUUAUUGCUGUUAUUGAGCAUUUUAUUUUUGACGACGAGGAUACGCAGAAAGGUUUGGAAAUGAGACACAGAGCUGAAGAAGACGCCCUCUAUCGACAAUUUGCGAAGAAAAGAGCAGAAGAAGAAAUACAUAUCAAUCACGAAAUUCAACAAGAAUGGGAAAAAGAGUUGGAAAUACUGACUAGUCGGUUCCAAGAUGAAUUGAGAACCAAAAAGAAGAAGAUUUCGACCGAAGAGGAAAAAACUUUGAAUUUAAAGCAGCAGAAGGAAAAGAGAAACUUGGAGAAAAACAUGACAUUAAAACUUGACAAGAGAAAAGAAUCCAUGACAAAGAAACUUCUUGAACAGGAACGUGCGGCUACUGCGGAUCUGGUGGACAAGCACAGCAAAGAAAUGAUAAAUCUUAUCAACCAAAAGAGAGUCGAACUGGAAAGGAGGGAUAAUCAUUACUCGGAAAGAGAGAGCUACGUCACGGAGGAGAUGUCUUCAUAUCCCACACACCCUCCUCCACCGACUCCCCCUCAACUGUCGAAGUUUGAUAUCUACAGUGAUCCAGUGAUCUUCGCUGAGUUGGAUCAAGUCGCGAUAAACGUAGCAGAAGAAGAUCAGGUGACGUUCACAGAGUUGGUGAGAUUGCUAAUUAGCCAAUGCGUCACCGACGUAGAUAAAGCUAGGGUUAUAUUCCGAUGGAUUACUGUAAAGAAUUUGAACACCAUGAAAUUCGACGAUGACAUACAUGCUGAUACACCGAUGGCCCUCUUGCGGGGAAUCAAGCAUGGAACAGAGAGUUACCAUGUGCUUUUCAAACGACUGUGUAGCUACGCUGGACUUCACUGUGUUGUUAUCAAGGGUUAUUCCAAGAGCGCUGGUUAUAAACCUGGUGUUUUAUUUGAAGACGGUUGCUUCCGGAACUCAUGGAAUGCUGUUUACGUUGCAGGAGCAUGGCGUUUUGUACAGUGUAACUGGGGCGCGCGCCAUCUGGUGAACGCUAAAGAAGUUCCAAAACCAGGUACCAAAAACAAAGAUAGCUUACGCUACGAAUACGACGAUCAUUAUUUUCUCACUGAUCCUAAAGAAUUUAUUUAUGAUUUUUUCCCCCUCCAGAAAGAAUGGCAGCUAUUGAGAAAGCCAAUUACCUUACAAGAAUUUGAAGAAAUUCCAUUUGUGCGGUCCUUGUUUUUUCGUUAUGGUCUAUACAUGCCUGACGACGAAACAAAGGCAGUGCUGUACACAGAUAGUAGUGGCGCCAUUACCAUUCGGAUCGGAAUGCCGUCUCACAUGUCUUCGAGCCUAAUAUUCCAUUAUAACUUAAAGUUAUUCGAUAGUGACGUCAACACUUACAAUGGUGUAAGCCUGAAGAGGUGCGUUAUGCAAUCUGUUGUAGACAACAUUGUAUCCUUCCAAGUGCACGCUCCUUGCAGUGGCGAAUUUUUACUAGAUGUUUUUGCCAACACUGUUACUCCCCAAGAGUAUCUGAAAGGAGAACCAAUGAAAUUUAAGAGCGUCUGCAAAUUUAAAAUAAUUUGUGAAGAUCUUCAGACGGUAAUGGUUCCCUUACCAGACUGUGCCAGUGGGGAAUGGGGGCCAAUGAAAGCUAUUAGGUUGUUUGGUCUUAUACCUCUUACUCAUGACGAUGCAUUGAUCCUUUCUUCCCGUAACUUGGAAAUUCAAUUUCGAAUGUCUCGUCCUCUCACAGAUUUUAUGGCAACUCUUCACAAAAACGGGGUUGAGGAAAAGGCGUUAUCAAAAUACGUUUCUCACGCAAGAGAUGGCGAGCUGGUGACAUUCUUUGUGGCCUUUCCAGAGGAAGGUCAGUACGGAAUGGAUAUUUACACACGUGAAAAGACAUCGAAAUUAGAAGCCUCUGAUAAGCAUUUACUGACUCAUUGCUGUAAAUAUUUGAUCAAUUAUAGGCCUUAA